AUGGCGGACAAGAAGAGCGACGACUUCGUCGUCCGACUCCCCGACUCCGGUGUCAUGGACGAGUCCGAGAAGGGCCAUUUCAUCCCCAAGACUACCUCGCGGAGGUCAAGCAACAUGCCGGGCCAAUCCUUUCUCAAGUCCAUCGAGAGCAGCGGUGGCGUCUCCGUCCUCGCCUACUGCCUCUCCUCCAUCAGCAUGACCCUCGUCAACAAGUAUGUCGUCUCGGGCAACAAGUGGAACCUUCACUUGCUCUAUCUAGCCAUUCAACAUAUUGUCAGCACAACCGCUAUCCUUGCUGGGAAACAUAUGGGCCUGAUUAGAGACCUCGACGCCUUUGACUCUCAGAGGGCCAAGAAAUGGUUUCCCAUCGCCCUCCUCUUGGUCGGCAUGAUUUUUACUGGCAACAAGGCCCUCCAGUUCCUAUCUGUGCCCGUCUACACCAUCUUCAAAAACUUGACCAUCAUCGUCAUCGCCUACGGAGAGGUUCUCUGGUUUGGGGGCAGCGUUAGCGCCCUCAGUCUCGUUUCGUUUGCUCUCAUGGUCCUCAGCUCCGUUGUCGCCGCCUGGUCGGACUUUAGCAACGCCCAGGGCGUCAGCUCAAACGGUGCUACUGUCUCGACCCUGAACGCUGGUUACGCCUGGAUGCUGCUUAACGUAUUCUGCGCCGCCAUGUAUGUGCUGAGCAUGCGCAAGGCCAUCAAGGUCACCAACUUCAAGAACUGGGAUGUCAUGUUUUACAACAACGUCCUCACAAUUCCCGUCUUGCUGUGCGGGUCCUUCAUCAUCGAAGACUGGUCGUCGGCGAACUUGCUUCGGAACUUCCCCGUCGAGUCGCGGCAAAGCCUCAUGAUCGGAAUGAUCUACUCCGGCAUGGGCGCCAUCUUCAUCUCAUACUCCACCGCCUGGUGCAUCCGCGCCACCUCUUCCACCACCUACGCCAUGGCCGGAGCUCUGAACAAGCUCCCCAUGGCCAUUGCCGGCCUCGUCUUCUUCGCCGAUCCCGUCACUUUCGGCAGUGUCAGUGCCAUCUUCCUCGGCUUCAUCAGCGGCCUUCUUUACACCCUCGCCAAGAACAACAAGUCGAAGCAGUCUGGACCGACGCUGCCGACGACAAAUCAGCCGCCGAUGAGCGCCAGUGCCCGGAGCGAGAAGGACGCCUCAAAUUAG